GACAGCAUGACUUCAGCUACGUUCUUUGAAAUUGCCUUUGAUGACCUGGAGUUCUAUGAGAGAUGUGGAAGGGGGUCAUUUGGAAGUGUGAACAGAGCAAAAUGGAAGUCAAAAAACAUCAUCGUGGCUGUGAAAAAGUUACAUGUAUUAGACAAAGAGGCCAAUGUACUAAGCUUGCUCAGUCACAAAAACAUCAUACGGUUCUAUGGAGCGGUUAUGGAGGAACCAAACUAUUGCCUUGUCACAGAGUUUGCUGAGAAGGGAUCACUAUAUGACUACCUCCAAAAUCCCAACAAUCCCAUGGACUUUCAGCAUAUUCUGCCCUGGGCAAGGGAGAUAGCUAAAGGCAUGAAUUACUUGCAUAACGAGACACCGACUAAAAUCAUCCACAGAGAUCUCAAGUCAAAAAAUGUCGUUAUUUCUGUCCAGAAUGUUUGUAAGAUAUGUGACUUUGGAGCAUCCAGAUUUAUUGGGAGUACGACCAAAAUGUCUCUAGCUGGGACCGUUCCAUGGAUGGCCCCUGAGGUGAUACAAAGCCAGCCCGUGUCUGAUGCUUGUGACACCUGGUCCUAUGGAGUGGUUUUGUGGGAGUUGCUAACCCAUGAAGUGCCUUACAGGGGGAUAGAGGGCUUCCAAGUGGCUUGGAAUGUUGUAAUGAAAGGGGAGAGGUUAACCAUACCCAGCACUUGUCCGCCAUGUUUUGCCGAAUUGAUGCAGCGGUGCUGGCAUACCAACCCCAAACUACGACCAAACUUCAAGGACAUCAUACAGACCUUAGAUAUCAUGCUGAGUGAUG